CACAAUUCCAAACUGAACCAAACCUCUCGCGAGACAUUCCACUUCCACUUCCACUUCACUUCCACUUUCUCCCCCCAACAGCCACUCACCACCUGGCAACCCUUUCCUUCUCGACCACACCCCUCGUCGUCGUCGUCAUCUCCUCCUCUCGUCAUCUCGCUGACUUGAGCCAUCCCAUCACUUGUUUUUUUGUCCUCUUUUUUUUUCUUUUUUCUCUUCUGAAGAUUCUGCAGGCUUGUUGGGUUCUCCUUUGCCACGACCACCGACACGCGCCAUCACCACGUCGUCGAAAAAGAAGUCGACCGCCCACCGCACUCCUCCAUCUACACACACCCGGAUCGACGCUCCAAAGUGUGUCCCCCGGUCAAAUCCACGAUCUGCUAUCGGUAGCUACAGCCGGAUCUCGGAUACCCUGGGCUAGCAGUAAAAGACUGGCGUGCUUCGUCUCCAGUGCUUGACAAGCGAAAGAAGGUUUGAGAUACCAGAAGUGCUUCUACUCUCUUCUUCCGUACCAAACAAAAGGGCAAUCCGUCAUCACCUCCGUCUACUCUACCACCACCACCACCACCACUACCACCACCUACUCUACUACUCUACUACGUACCUCACUCACCUUCUUCCUUGCUCAACCACCUCUACUACCUGCCUACUCUUUGCGCCUCGCCCUUGCCGCAUAACAUCACCACCAACUCCCCGGACAAGGCUUCACCAACACUGCAAGAUCAAGCAAUCCAGCGAUAGGCCUCCUUCCUCCCAUACUACUUCGAGCACCAGCACCAGCACCGGUUUCCGUCCCGUCGAUCCUCUCUCUGAUCGGCCCCUCCCGAGCAACCACCACUUCCAACACCCUGAGAGCGCAGUCCCGACCCCUUCAACCGCACCUCCACUACACUACACCAGCACGUUUUCCUUCGAAAACCCCCAAGGUGUAGAUAAAACAAGUUCGAUAAUUCAAGAAGAAUAUUCAUCUCGCGCGACCACGACUUCUUCAUCGAGACGUGAUUAUUACCUGACUUUUAGCUCGCUCGCUCGCAACAACAACAACAACAACCAUGUCCGCCUCGCCACAGCCCACCCAGUCCGCUAAGCGGCCCCUGGACGAGUCCUCUUCGCCCUCUCGCAACGACCAGCCCGAGGCCAAGAGGCUCGCUCUCGACAAGGUUGUCAAGGACGCCCAAGAGGAGGUUGAGGCUCCCGUUCCCGAAGACAGCCACAAUGCCGACGAGACUGCCGGCUCCGCCACCCCCACUCCCGCCCCCGAGUCCAACGGCACCAAGGUGAAGGGAGACAAGUCGGAGGGUCAGGAUGCCCAGGGUGACACAGUUGUCCCCGAUGCUCCCCAGAGCAAGGCAACCAAGGACCACGGUGCUCGCAGCCGCGCUCAGCCCCCUGUCUCUGCUCAACCUCACGAUGAGACUGCUUGGAUCCAUGUUAGAUCCGUUAUUUCCAGCCCGGAGGCCGCCACCAUCAUUGGAAAGGGCGGCGAGAAUGUUUCCAAGAUCAGAGAAAUGUCCAACGCCAAGUGCACCGUCAGUGAUUACCAGAAGGGCGCCGUUGAACGUAUUCUCACUGUUAGCGGUGUCGUUGAUGCGGUCGCAAAGGCAUUCGGUCUUAUUAUCCGUACGCUGAACAAUGAGCCUCUUGCUGAGCCUUCCAACACCCACUCCAAGACCUAUCCCCUGCGUCUCUUGAUUCCCCACGUCUUGAUCGGCUCUAUUAUUGGCAAGGGCGGUGCGCGCAUCAAGGAGAUUCAGGAGGCUUCCGGAGCCCGCCUCAAUGCUUCCGACUCGUGCCUGCCCCUUUCCACGGAACGGUCGUUGGUUGUCAUGGGCGUGGCCGAUGCUGUUCACAUUGCUACUUACUACGUUGGCAGCACUCUUCUCGAGCAGCUCAACGAGCGUUUCGGUGGUCCCGCCGCCUCAGCGUAUGCCACCCGCAGCGGAGGCCCCGCUGCUUCUAUUCCCGGCGGCCUGCAGGUCGUCCCCUACGUUCCUCAGCCCGCUGGCGGCAACUUUGGCAACCGCGAUUACUACCAGCGCAACCGUGGCCCCGACCCCAGGUCUCACCACGGCAUGCCGCCCAGCCAGUACCCUGCGCCAUAUGGUGCACCUCAUCCGGCCCAGCCCAACCCUGCCGUCCCGAUGCACUACGGUGCCCACGCCGCCGGUGGUUACGGUGCCGCUGCCCCCCACGUUGCGCCCCAUGUCGGCCACGCCGGCCCUGCUCCCCAUGCUGCCGGCCCUCAUGGCGCCCCUGUUGCCGGCGCUGCCCUCACCCAGCAGAUCUACAUCCCCAACGACAUGGUUGGCGCCAUCAUUGGCAAGGGUGGACAGAAGAUCAACGAAAUCAGGCAGAUCUCUGGCAGUGUGAUCAAGAUUAAUGAACCGCAGGACAACAGCAAUGAGCGACUCGUCACCAUCACCGGUACAGAGGAGUGCAACCGCAUGGCGCUCUACCUACUCUACCAGCGUCUGGAAAGCGAAAAGCACCGUUCGUAGGAUCGAUGCCGGACGAUAGCCUAAUUCAGCCAAUAGAAAUCACCGCGGAAUUCUUGUCUUUUAGUUUUUAGUCUCGAGCCUCUUAUAAAAUACCGGGUGCUGGGAAUGUGGCGUUAAGCGGAUAGUUCGUCUUCUUGGGUUUCGGGAGAGAGUGUGUGAACCUGGGAAAUACAGCGACUUUGAAACAAAAACGGUAACUUGCAGUUUUACUCUACCCGUGUUUUGGUGUCACUGAUUGAAAAGGGAAAUCUUCCCCGAACAUUGGUAUGGCCAUCGGUCAUUACCACAUUCAUCUGUCGUUUUUGCACUAGCCAUUUAAUGACGCUGUUUACUUCUUAUCCUCUGAACACUCACCUCCCUAGUGUGCUCUACUCUGAACAUCUCAAUUCAUACAGCUCUCUUUCCU